AUGAAGGUCUUCAUCCUUGCCUGCCUUGUGGCACUUGCUCUCGCAAGUGAGACUGAGAGUGCUUCCAGUAGUGAGGAAUCUAUUGUCCGCAUCAAUGAGAAACUUCAAAAGGUGCAACGCAUGGAACAGGUGCAAGCAGAGGAUAUGCUCCAGGAUAAAGUCAACCCCUUCAUCCAGGCUCAACCCCAGGCCUUUCCAUAUGCCCAGCCCAUCUCUUGCACUCCCCUUGCACAAAAUGUCCAGCCUAUUGCUCAGCCCCCUGUGGUGCCUUCUCUUGGGCCUGUCAUUUCUCCUGAACUGGAAGCCUUCCUUAAAGCUAAAGCCACCAUCCUUCCCAAGCACAAAGUGAUGCCCUUCUCUAACUCUGAAACUCUGCUCCGCCUCUUUAACUCUCAAAUCCCCAGUCUUGCUGAGCUCGCAAAUCAGCACCCUUCUCAGUCUCUGGUCCAGCUCCUGGCACAAGCUGUGCAGGCUUUCCCUCAGAGUCCCGUGGCUUCCUCUCAGUACCAGCUGUCUGCUCUUCAGUCCAAAGUUCUGCAGUUUCUUGAACAAGUAGCAUCCUUCCUUCAAGGAGAUAUGUCUGCCCAGGACCUUCUGCAGUACCUAGAACUUCUGCUUAACCCUGCCUUCCAGGUCCCUACAACUCAACAACUUCAUCCCAUUACUACACAGCAGAAAAGCAUUAACUUACUUGCCAUUGUGGCUUCACUAGUUGACUGCCUCUUGCGCACAUGA